ACCGGCUCUCAGAGUCUGACGACAUCACUGUGCGACCAGCUGUGAUCUCAGCACUACCAGCAGCAGCAUGGGAAAGCAAAAGAAAACAAAGAAAUAUGCUACAAUGAAACGGAGGAUUAACCCUAAAGACGAGCGCAUUAAAGCUGCGGAUCGAGCAAAGACGCAACAAAAGAAGAAGGAAGAUGCCAGUGCUUUAAAGGAGAGAGAAGUACCUCAGAUACCAUCAUGUCUAUUUUUCCAAUACAACACAAAUUUGGGACCUCCUUAUCAUAUCCUGGUGGAUACUAACUUCAUCAAUUUCUCAAUUAAAGCCAAGCUGGACUUAGUGCAAUCCAUGAUGGACUGCCUUUAUGCAAAAUGUGUCCCCUGUAUAACAGACUGUGUUAUGGCAGAGCUAGAGAAACUUGGGCAGAAAUACAGAGUGGCGUUAAGGAUUGCUAAGGACCCAACAUUUGAGCGACUGCCUUGCACACACUCUGGAACCUACGCAGAUGACUGCUUGGUACAAAGGGUCACACAGCACAAAUGUUACAUUGUAGCCACAGUGGACAGAGACCUUAAAAGGAGAAUUCGGAAGAUCCCUGGGGUUCCCAUCAUGUACAUCUCAAACCACAGGUAUAAUAUAGAAAGAAUGCCAGAUGAUUAUGGAGCGCCUCGGUUUUAAGAUUUCUUUAAACCUAAUAUUUUUAUAAACAGCAGUAGCUCAUUCUGGUGAACUGUUUACAUAGAUAUUAUAUGUUCUUUUGCCUAUCUAUACAAUACACUGUCCUAUGUGCCUAUUAUUGAAAUGA